AUUUUCUGGAUUUUGAAUAUAGAUUUGACUUGAUGCAAAACACCACAAAGGCUCCAUAUUACACAGUAUGCGAUUUUUGAGAACUGAUAGUGCAUCAGCCGACCCAGAUACUUUAAAAUACUCCUCAUCCAGAGAUAGGGGUGUUUCUUCCUCUUAUGGACUGCAACCUUCAAAUUCAGCUGUGGUGUCUCGGCAAAGGCACGAUGAUACCAGAGGCCAUGUUGACAUACAGAAUGACGAAAAGGGUGGCUACAGUGUCAAUGGAGGAUCUGGGGAAAAUACUUAUGGUCGGAAGUCGUUGGGGCAAGAGCUGAGGGUUAACAAUGUGACCAGCCCUGAGUUUACCAGUGUUCAGCAUGGCAGUCGUGCAUUAGCCACCAAAGACAUGAGGAAAUCACAGGAGCGAUCGAUGUCGUACUCGGAUGAGUCUCGACUGUCGAAUCUUCUUCGGAGGAUCACCCGGGAAGAUGACAGAGACCGAAGACUGGCUACUGUAAAGCAGCUGAAGGAGUUUAUUCAGCAGCCAGAAAAUAAACUGGUACUAGUUAAACAGUUGGAUAAUAUCUUGGCUGCAGUGCAUGAUGUGCUUAAUGAAAGUAGCAAGUUGCUUCAGGAGUUGAGGCAGGAGGGAGCUUGCUGUCUUGGACUUCUUUGUGCUUCUCUGAGCUAUGAGGCUGAGAAGAUCUUCAAGUGGAUUUUUAGCAAAUUUAGCUCAUCUGCUAAAGAUGAAGUGAAGUUGCUCUACCUGUGCGCCACCUACAGAGCUCUGGAGACUGUUGGGGAGAAGAAAGCCUUUUCCUCGGUGAUGCAGCUCGUGAUGACCAGCCUACAAUCCAUUCUUGAAAAUGUGGAUACACCAGAAUUACUUUGCAAAUGUGUUAAGUGCAUUCUUUUGGUGGCUCGAUGCUACCCUCAUAUUUUCAGCACCAAUUUUAGGGAUACAGUUGAUAUAUUAGUUGGAUGGCACAUAGAUCAUACUCAGAAACCCUCCCUCACACAGCAGGUGUCUGGGUGGUUGCAGAGUUUGGAGCCAUUUUGGGUAGCUGACCUUGCAUUUUCUACCACUCUUCUUGGUCAAUUUCUUGAAGACAUGGAGGCAUAUGCUGAGGACCUCAGCCAUGUGGCCUCUGGGGAGUCAGUAGAUGAAGAUGUUCCUCCUCCAUCAGUGUCAUUACCAAAGCUGGCAGCACUUCUACGAGUGUUCAGUACUGUUGUGAGGAGCAUUGGGGAGCGCUUCAGCCCAAUUCGGGGUCCACCGAUUACCGAGGCAUAUGUCACAGAUGUUCUAUACAGAGUAAUGAGAUGCGUGACGGCUGCAAACCAAGUGUUUUUUUCUGAGGCUGUGUUGACAGCUGCUAAUGAGUGUGUUGGUGUUUUGCUCGGCAGCUUGGAUCCUAGCAUGACUAUACAUUGUGACAUGGUCAUUACAUAUGGAUUAGACCAACUGGAGAAUUGCCAGACUUGUGGUACCGAUUAUAUCAUCUCAGUCUUGAAUUUGCUCACAUUGAUUGUUGAGCAGAUAAAUACAAAAUUACCAUCUUCGUUUGUAGAAAAACUUUUCAUACCAUCAUCUAAACUGCUAUUUUUACGAUACCAUAAAGAAAAAGAGGUUGUUGCUGUGGCCCAUGCUGUUUAUCAAGCAGUGCUAAGCUUGAAGAAUAUUCCUGUUCUGGAAACUGCCUAUAAAUUAAUUUUGGGAGAAAUGACUUGUGCACUAAACAAUCUGCUACACAGUCUCCAGCUCCCUGACGCCUGUUCUGAGAUUAAACAUGAGGCUUUUCAGAAUCAUGUGUUCAAUGUUGACAAUGCCAACUUUGUAGUUAUAUUUGAUCUCAGUGCCCUGACUACAAUUGGAAAUGCCAAAAACUCAUUAAUUGGGAUGUGGGCACUGUCUCCAACUGUGUUUGCACUGCUGAGUAAGAAUCUGAUGAUUGUGCAUAGUGACCUGGCUGUUCACUUCCCUGCCAUUCAGUAUGCAGUGCUCUACACCCUGUAUUCUCAUUGUACCAGGCAUGAUCACUUCAUAUCCAGUAGUCUUAGCUCUUCAUCCCCUUCCUUAUUUGAUGGUGCCGUGAUUAGUACUGUAACUACCGCCACAAAGAAACAUUUCUCAAUUAUAUUAAAUCUUUUGGGAAUAUUGCUAAAGAAAGAUAAUCUUAACCAGGACACAAGGUACCUAAGUAAUUUUUAAAAAUAAUACUAAGUUC